UUUUUCCUUCCAGAACCAUGCCGCUGGUAUUAUCUCAAGCGGAGUUCGACAAACUGGUCUCAUGGACGGACGGCAGUCGGGAGAACAAGGAUGCGGCGCGCCAGAGCGAGUAUGUUAAACGUCUGAACGAGCAGAGCUCACACAUGACUCGCGAGUGGCCCAAUUCUUUCGAGAAUGUGAACAAACGUAACGAGGAGUUGCGACGCGCACGCGUUGAGGCCGCCGAGCAGGCCAACACCAAAUUCUACAAGAAGUACAUGCGAAAUAAACGCGAUGAACAGGCGCGUCUCAUGUACAGUGCACGUGACACCAUAUUCAAGAAUAAGGACGCGCCGAAGAUGUUUCUCCGUGCAGUUAUAGAGACCUGCGUACAGAAAGAGCAGCAAGAACAGCUCAAGUUUAAAGGCGAGCGAAUGCGGGAAGAGAGAGAGCAGAAGAGGAAAGACGACGACGAAAUCAUCCGCCGCGCGGCCGAGUGGCACGCUCUCAUGAAAACGAGGCGUCAAAGUCGUUUCGAAGUUAAUAAACAGCACCAGAAAGAGAUUUUGGAACAGGCCCACGAAGUGGCUGAGCGCAAUCGUACGGAGCACGAAACGGAGCUGAAUUAUCAGAUCGUAGACAACAUGAAGGCCAACGAACAGAUGGAAGCACUUAGCGAAUUUGAGCGCAAUUUCAACAAAGCCGAAAAAGCCCGAAUCCUCGCCGACAUGAAACAGUCUAAGGCCGAAUUAGACGUCCGACGGGCUGAGGAGCGCGCUCGGGACGAACUGGACGACAAGCUGAUCGCCGUGUUACAGCGCUCGCGGGCCAGGACCCAGGCGCUGAGGAAGAAAACUGAAAAAGAAGCCCGCGACGAGCAGCUGCGCGUGCUGGAGCUGAACAGCAAGCGCUUGCAGAGCGGGGAGUCCGCGCGCGCGGACAAGGAGCAAGCCAGUCUGGAGGCCGCCGUCAGAGAGAAGGAAGCCAUCGCUGAGACAAGACUACGCAAGGACAGAGAGAAAGAGGCGCGCUUCAAACGAGAAAAACAGGAGGUUCAAGACAAGUUCCUUGCAGACGAGGCGCGCCGCCUGCACGAGUUUAAUACCCAGCGCCAGUGGGAGAUGAUGAACCGGUUCAAGAAUCAAGAGCUGUACGAAGACUUCCAGGAGAAACUACGUCAGGAGAAGGCGCGCAAGAUAAAAGAGUUCAGAGAGGAGACGCUCAGGCUUUGGAAAGAGCGAGAUGAGCGCGAUGCGCGCGAGCGAGCCGAAACCCGCUACUUCUACGGCGAGCUGGCCGAGAGGAAGCUACGCGACGCGGACAACAGGCUGUUCGCGCACGCGCAGGAGCUGCUGGCCGAGGCGCGGCGACAUCACAGGCCCGACUACGCGCUGCGCAAGGCUCUUGAUGUACGUACCCAGCCUAGAAGGCUCGAGUUUAGCAAGAGGAAGCUACGCGACGCGGACAACAGGCUGUUCGCGCACGCGCAGGAGCUGCUGGCCGAGGCGCGGCGCCAUCAUAGGCCCGACUACGCGCUGCGCAAGGCUCUUGAUAGGAAGCUACGCGACGCGGACAACAGGCUGUUCGCGCACGCGCAGGAGCUGCUGGCCGAGGCGCGGCGACAUCACAGGCCCGACUACGCGCUGCGCAAGGCUCUUGAUCGCUACUGUUCGCUGUACCGCCUGUACCCGAUGCCGGAGCUGUCGAAGACGGUACAGUCGCACUUCCCCGACUACAGACCCAAGGAUUGCUGCAUACCAGACCCGGGGUAUAAGCCCGAGCCUCCACCGCAGCCCGAACCAGAAGAGGAGACUACGCCCCAGGUAGUGGGUGGUCCUGUUGGCAAGAGAAGCGGCUUGCAGCCCGCUCUGAACGGUGGCAAGGCGGGGCAGUCUGCGUCAGCGUCUCCUGUCGAGGAGACGGUGGCAGACUAUAAGAGGGUCGGGCGCGCCAACGGUCUGCAGAGGACACCUGCUGAGAUUGACCUGUUCAAGCUACCACCGAUCUCCGUGGUCCCCUGCCUCACGCCGAGCUGCACUUGCCCGUUGAAGAAAUAAAUAAAACAAACAUAUACAAAAUAUUAAUUUAUUAUAGUUCUGUCAUGUCUAGAGAGCU